AUGAUUAAUCUAAGAAAUGUGUCGAUGUCUGUGCGUUUUAUAUCUCAAUUUAGAAUGCAACGUAGUGACUGCGUGCCGUAUAUUAAGCCUCGUAAAGUUAUAGACCCCAAAGCUUGCGCUAUUCGCGACAAAGGCCUUGUCCUAGGGAUAUACUACAAUGACAAUGUACAGGAGGAAUCAGCGAUUCUCACAGCGAGUGCCCAGAAAUAUGACGAACAGUGCGGUGGAAAAUUAUGGAAGCAAUUAAAGUUAACACCUACACCAAAACUUGGCGAAACUCGAAUUUUUUACGAUUUGGAUCCUCAAUUCGCUUUUGUCGCCGUUGCGGGGCUCGGUACAGAAUGCUUCUCUUUUAACUCCCUAGAACGAUUAGAUGAAAGCAAAGAAGCGAUUCGAAUAGCAGCAGGUUCAGGAACCAAAGCUUUGCAACCCUUUCGUCCGUCGGUCAUUCACGUUGAGUCAUUCGGAAACGCGGAAGCAGCAGCUGAAGGAGCAAACUUAGCUAAUUGGCAAUUUCGAGAAUACAAAACGCCAAAUAAAAAUACGAUAUCUAACGCAAAACUUGUACUACACGAUGACUGCGACCUCGAGGGAUGGAAUAUAGGCCAAAUAAAAGCAGAAUCUCAAAAUUUAGCUCGUUAUCUACAGGAAAUGCCAGCAAAUUUUUUAAAUCCUACAUCUUUUGCCAAAAUAGCUGUUGAUUUACUAUGUGAAUUAGAUAUAAACGUGGAAGUCAGAACCCAAGGCUGGGCAGCAAAUCAUGAAAUGGGUGGAUUUGUGUCUAUAGGACGGUCUUCAAUACAACCACCGCUUUAUGUUGAAAUAAGUUAUUACGGAGCCAAUGAAGACACACGUCCUAUUGUAUUAAUAGGUAAAGGCGUCACUUUCGACAGUGGUAGCUUACACUUGAAGCCACCCAAAGACUUACAAUUUAUGAAGGGAGAUAUGGCUGGUGCUGCGUGUGUUCUCGCUAUAACAAGAGCAGCGUCUAUAUUAAAAUUACCCAUCAAUAUACGGGGCAUUCUGCCACUCUGUGAGUUGAUGCCUAAUGGGAAAUGUCCAAAGUCUGGUGAUUUAGUGAGCAGUGCUAAUGGAAAGUCUAUACUCAUUAGACUUCCGUCAUGUGAAGGAAGGCUGCUUAUUGCAGAUAGUUUAGUCUAUGCACGGAAUUACUGGCCAAAGUUCAUAGUCGAUAUUGGAACUAUGUCCAAAGAACUAAUACACACUCUUGGUGGAGCCGCUUGUGGAUGCUACACAAAUUCAGAGGAAUUGUUUUGCUACUUGGAGUCAGCUAGCAGUCAAACAGGUGACAGAAUAUGGCGCAUGCCGCUUUGGAAAUUUUACGAGGAACGAAUUAAGAACACUCACGCUGCGGAUGUUGCGAACACCGCAAAACAUAAAUACGGAGACUCACCAAACUGUGCGGCAUUCCUGAAGCAGUUUGUAUGCGAUAGCCAAUGGAUCCAUCUAGAUACGUACAACAUCGCAUACAGCAAGGGAAGGGAUUGCCCAUACUUGUGUCGCGGAAUGACAGGCCGACCCACACGAACUGUCAUAGAAUUUCUUUAUCAAUUGCUUGCCGACGCGAAACUCUAA